AUGGAGUUCGACACCAGUACACCCAAUGGCAACUCCGCAUCACGUCGCAAGUCCGGAAGAGUGGUGAGGCAACCAGCAGUUUUCUCUCAGGAGCAUCACGUUGGCAGUGUCGCGAUAAACGGUGCAGCGAAGCGGAAACGGGCACACAACGUCUCCACGGAGCACGAAGAGGAAGAAGAGCAAGACGUUCCGUCCGAACGCGACAGCGAUGACGAGGAUGAGGAAGAGGACGAGCCAGAUGAGGAGGAAUUGAAAGAACAGCGACGCGCGAAGAGAGCCAAGGCAGGGCCCGCAAAGCCUGCCACGAAGCGAGCAAAGACGACGACCGGGUCCCGCACAACGUUGGCCAUUCGCUCCGCCAACGUCCGAAGCAAGCCUGCUGCAAAGGCAUCGAAAACACAGAGGGCGCGUGCUCGACCGAGCCAGGCGCAGCACCAAGGACUCUACGCAGAAGUGUUUGGAAAGGGACAGUCGCCCGAAGAUGCCGCCUCGGGCUGGUUUGAAUCCGUGCAGAAGGACAGCGUUGCGGCACUACGAGACUUGGUCAAUUUUGUCCUGCAAUGCAUCGGAUGCGACUCCAGGGUGGAAACACAGGAUAUUGAGGAUCUAGAUUCUGUGCCCAACAAGCUUGGCGAUGUGCUUCAGGAGUACGAGCAGCAGAAGGCUACCGAUUAUCCUCUCGCAUCCAAACAGAAACAGUAUGCUGGAUUCCAGGAUGUACUGGAAGAAUUCUUUGCGGCCAUCAUCAAGUCACUACACGCAUCUUCGGCAUUCUACGACCAACCCGAGAUCUAUGACAACAUCCACGUCUGGGUUGCCACCAUGUCUGGUGCGAACUACAAGUCGUUCAGGCAUACCGCCACAAUAAUUUCACUGGCCAUGACUACUGCUCUCUGUGAGGUCGCGAAGGAGAUUCAAGAUACGAUGGCCACGCUGAAGAACCAACUUGAUGCUGAGAAAAAGAAAAAGAACGCCAAUAAGGGCCGGAUAAAGACCAUCGAGGAGAGCCAGAAAGCUGCAGAGACGAAGCUGGAGGCAAUUGAUGCACAACUGAGGGACGUGUUCGACACAGUUUAUGUGCAUCGAUACCGAGACGUCGAGGAACGAAUUCGUGCUCCUUGUGUUGCAGCACUUGGCGAUUGGAUUGCGCUGUACCGCAAAAUGUUCCUCGAAGGCCAAUACUUGCGUUACCUGGGUUGGGUGCUCAACGACACGAGCGCUCCCACGAGGCUCGAGGACAUCAAACAGUUGAAGAGGCUUUUCGCCAAUAAGCACAAUAUCGCCGCAUUGAGGGCCUUUACCGAUCGCUUCCGAUCACGGCUGGUGGAAAUGGGCGCACGGGACGCGCACAUCAAUGUGCGCACAGAGGCUAUUGAGCUGCUAGACCAGCUCCGUGACGCAGAGUUGCUGGAACCCGAUGAUAUUGACACCAUUGGACGGCUGAUCUUCGACAGCGAGCCAGCAAUCAGAAGAGCUGUCGCCAAGUUCUUCGUGUCCAAUCUGGAGGAUCUCUACGCGGCGACGAUCGAGGACUUUGACCAAGCUCAAUUCAAGGCUGCAGUGCCGGAUUCAGGCGACGUGGACGAUUUCAAGAUCCCCAACCGAUCAUGGAUCAAAUUCAAAUGCCUAGGCUCGGUCCUGGCUGGUUACGACAACGACGAAGAAUCCCUGGAUGAGGCCGGUCAAUCCCUGCCAUUGAACCCGGUAUCUGACUCUCGCUACACCCUUGCUACACAGUCCAUCUUUCCUCACAUGGCAGAGUUACGGCACUGGGAAGACCUGGCCGGAUAUCUCCUGUACGACCAUUCAUCCAUUCCAUCGUCCGGCGACGACGAUGACAUUGAAUAUCAAGUCCAACAAGCUUACAAACUGAGCACGGGCGAAGAUACGAUCUUGUUAGACGUGCUCCACGCCGCAGUUAAAUCGUAUUUGCAAUCCAUCGUCGAGCCACCAACGAACCGCAGAACCAAUGCAACAAAAGACCAAAUCCGAGAAAAGCAGGAAACCGCGGCGCAGAAUCUUACAGUCAUCCUCCCUCAACUUCUGAACAAGUUCGGCAGUACGCCCCAAGCCGCGUCCUCGAUUCUGCGGAUCGAGCAACUGCUUGACAUCGGUCUGAUCAGUGAUCUACAGAGCGGAGAGGCGACGUACUCUGCAAUCCUUGACGCUAUCAGCAAACAGUUCACCUCGCACUCGGACAAGCAAGUUCUCGCUGCCGCCAGCGCAGCAUUCAGAAACGCUCGAAGCUACGAGCAGAGCAAAGAAGCUGCUGAUGCAAUGGUUCAGGAGAUCUGGACCGAGUCGGUCACCGCGCUGGCCAAUCUCCUCCGGGACAAAGCCGUCGGAAAUCGUGGCACAUUCGACAAACAGCUGCUGACCGAAGUCGUUGACAUCGCCAUCCGUCUGGCCGAGCUUGCCGGGGUCCACGACUGCAGCCACGUCGUGGAAGGCAAACUGCCCCCGGGCCCCUCAAGGAAAGAAAAGGGCAAAGCCACCACUCAACAGACCCUUCUCAGCCUCCUCUUUCGACUCCUUCAACGCGGAAAACCAGACGAAGACACUACGGCGACCUUUGCGGAACUAGAAGACCAAUUGUGCACCUCUCUGAUGGAACUCUUCUCGCUCUAUUUCCGCUGGAAAGUGUUCGGGUUGAAACAAGCCAUUGCUGCGAAAGACGAGGCUCGACUUUCCACUAGUUCGCUCAGAGAAUUGGCCGUGACGCGAGCGAAUUUUGUGGAGCACAUUGCACCGAUCAUUCAGAUGAGGGCGCCACUAGAUCCGGUGCGGUAUCACGCGAUUCUGAACGUCCUGGAACUCUUUGCAUUGUUUACGACGAUCCGGACCAUGGCACCGGACGACGGCGAGCUGGAUGACGAAGUCGAGCCGAUUUUGCAGAGCCUGAUCACGCAGAUACCAGACGAGAUCGUCCAAGAAGUUCUCGUCACGUUUGAGAAGACCGAGAAGUCUUUCGCGAGGAAGACGCACCGAAAGAUCGAGACCGUGAGUGGCAAGGAGAAGAAAAGCAGCAGAGGGAAGAAAACAACCGAAGCGGAACCAACGCAGGAAGAGAUCGAACGACCGCCGGAAGACUCGGAAGAUGACGAGGCACGCGAUUCCGGCGCCGACGAAGACGACGGAAGCGCCGACGAGGACACCGAAGAAGGCAAUUUGAAGAGCAAGAACGCGAGAAAACAAGCUGCCCUGCUGGCCGAACAGUCCCUCUGCGAACUCACGUCGAAGAUCAUCUUCGCCGUCUUGGGCGGUGCGAUCAAGGAUGAAAAGGACGUUAGACAACGAUUACUCCUGAACCGAAGCAAGCUCGGCAAGAAUUACUCCGUCCUGGUCGGAUAUCUGGAGAACAACAAGAAGAAUAAAAAAGCGUCGGCCAAGAAGACGGGCAAGAAAGCAGAGACUCAAAAGGGCAGUAGUAGGAAGGCAGGCGACAAGGAAGGAUCAGUUCUUGAGGAAGACGAUGUUGACGACCCCGACGCGCCUGACGAGCCUGAGGUCGAUGAAGAGGAGGCUCAGCGCCAGAGGGAGUUACACGAGGAGGACGAGGACGAGGAUGACGAGGCUGCUAAUGAAGACCAAGAUCGGAUCGACGAAGCUGAGGAGCAGCCCGAGGACGACGUGCCUGCCGAUGAGGACGACAUUAUGGGUGAUUGA